AGUAAAAAGACCCUCAAUAAGGACAGCCUGGAGAACGGGAACAGUGACGAGGGAGGGGGAGAGGGGGAGCGAGAGAUUAUCUGGAAGAGGAGGGAGGGUGUGGUUGAGAAGGCAAAGGAAGUGCAGGAACCACAGAGAGAGUACACAGUCUGGAGGAGAAGAGAGGGCUUUAAGGAGAAGACUGUCAGAGAGGAAAGCCUGAGAGGGCAGACGAGAGCAGAGCAAGAGCCAGAGGUGGUGUGGAGGAAGAGGGAGGGGGAGGAGGAUCGGGGGAAGGAGAGACCCCGACCCUUUGGGAGAGGGCAUGAAACCAUAUGGAGGAAGAGGGAGAGGGAGUAAAACAAGCAUUAGACAAUCAAUUGAAGGAAUGCAGACAGCACAGGUAGGACGGAGAAGCUGAAAUUUAGGGGUUUUUUUUGUCUCCUUUUUUAAGUGCAACAACUCGGUGUAGGUUUGUCGGGAGAAACUUGGCAGUGUCGGGCAGUGCCCUGCAGUUACACUGUGCAGCAUGUCUCCAUCCUGUAUUGAGUUAUUGUUUUUUUUUUUUUACUCUCCACCAGCCUCUCCCAUGGUAUUGAUCUGUCUGCUGCUUGACAGCAAGUAGUCAUAGUCUCCAUUGAUGACCAAAUCUACAAUCUUUUCUGGUGCAAGUCCGGUUUCUGCCGUGGUGCUUUCAGACAAGGGCUCUCUGAACACCUUGAUGUGGGCCACAUGCACUACCAGACAGGGUGGAGAUGCACACCUAGACACGAAGCCGAAGUAGCCUGAGAACGGCGGACAGGCCAGCUAACUUGCUGGCCAGGAAACAGCCAUAAACACUUCGGCUCAGACAUGUAGGAAAAAAUAUAUGCACACAGACAUCUCGUAGACGGAUGCUUUGUGACUCUUUGUUUCAAAGGUGCUUUUAUAUAUUUGCUUUUGGAGCUAACCUAAGAAACAGGCUGCCAGACACUCAGGGUCAUACUGCAGUUCAGUGAUGGUGAAAUAGACGAUGUCUUGUUGAUCCACAGUGGACUAAAGGGACAGACAUGUUUUGCAGUUUGCUGUCAUGGCCACUGUCGUGGAGCAAACCGUACCGUUCUCCGUUGUUCAGUAAUGCAGGAGAUACAAGAACCUAUGAAGACUCACAUGGAGUGGAAACACAAGAAGAAGAAUGGACAAGACAAAGACUUCUGAAUUCAAAGAGAGAACUUAAGUGACCCACAAAUCAACAUAAAGUGUGGCUAAAGGACAUAAACCCUUAAAGAAUUCCAUGCUGAAGAUCAAAAAUGGAGUUGGUUCCUAAAACAAAGUACACCCACUUCCGCAGUGAAUCUCUCAGUUCAACGGAUGAUACCAACUCAAACCCCUCCUUGCCUCCUUCUGCACCCUUGACCCCUCUUACACCUCCAGGGUUACCCUCCUCCCUCUCCUCCACUUCCCUCACUCCAAUCCUUCCUCCUUCAUCACCCUGUCCAGCUGAGAAUAGCCCCACUACACUGUGCUCUUUUUUCCCCCGCAUGGGUUCCCUGCGGUUGGGUGUUUCUGCUACUCUGCUUCCCAGUCUGAAGCCCGGAAGUAGGCCACAGAACCCUCAGGCCCUGGAAGAGCCCCCAGGGGAGCCCGUGGUGGAGGUGGCACCCCCAAUAACAGCCCCCUCUCCCCCUCCCCGUCCCUCGCAGGACAUGAACCGGCUCGGUGGGGCCUCACGACGGGCCAGGGUAGAGGGGGGGCAGCUUGGAGGGGACGAGUGGACACGCCAUGGGUCCUUCGUCAACAAGCCAACCCGCGGCUGGCUCCAUUCAGACAACGUAGUGAGCACUACGGGGGUUUCUUACACUGUUCGGUAUAUGGGAUGUGUGGAGGUCUUACAGUCAAUGCGAGCUCUGGAUUUCAAUACUAGAACUCAGGUCACAAGGGAGGCUGUCUCUGUGGUGUGUGAAGCAGUGCCUGGUGCCAAAGGGGCUCAGCGAAGGAGAAAGCCCUCUGCUCGCUGCCUGACCUCCAUCUUGGGGAAGAGCAAUCUCCAGUUUGCUGGAAUGACAAUCACUCUUACAGUGUCCACCAGUAGCCUCAAUCUGCUGGCUGCAGACUGCAAACAGAUUAUUGCCAACCAUCACAUGCAGUCCAUCUCUUUUGCUUCUGGAGGAGACCCAGACACAGCAGAAUAUGUUGCCUAUGUUGCCAAAGACCCAGUCAACCAGAGAGCCUGUCAUAUCCUGGAGUGCCCUGAAGGCUUGGCUCAAGAAGUCAUCAGCACCAUUGGUCAGGCCUUUGAACUGCGCUUCAAGCAGUACCUAAAGAACCCCCCAAAACUUGUCACUCCUCAUGACAGGAUGGCUCCAUUUGACGGGUCUGCAUGGGAGGAAGAGGAAGAUGAGUGCCCCCCUGCCCCCGAAGUGCCCUACUACAACAACUUCCCUGGCAAGCAGCCUCCACCCGGUGGCCUGGUGGACAUGAGGAACCGGCCAGGUCACACCACAGGAGCCACGCUGCCCUACGGACAGUCAGGACAGAAUGAUGCGCACAAACAACCCCUGCCACCUCUACCAGUGGGGAUAAAGGAAGGCAAUCUGUUUGAUGACCCAUCUUAUGUUAAUGUGGAUAAGCCACGCCCAGCAGCUGCUGCACCUAAUGGCAAUGCUCACAGAGAUGCUUUUGAUAUGAAGCCAUUUGAUGAUGCACUGGGUGUAUCUGGUGCUGCAGCACCCCCUCUGGCUGAGCAGCUGCAGCGUGAGCCUUGGUUCCAUGGCAGCCUGAGCCGGCGGCUAGCAGAGCGCUUGUUGACUAAGGAUGGAGAUUUUCUGGUGCGGGAAUCGGGAACCACCCCUGGACAGUAUGUCCUCACUGGCCAGCAGGGUGGGCAGCCUAAACAUCUGCUGCUUGUGGAUCCUGAAGGAGUGGUUCGUACCAAAGACCACCGAUUUGAGAGUGUAAGUCACUUGAUCAGCUAUCACAUGGACAACCGGCUGCCCAUCCUGUCUGCCGGGAGUGAGGUGUGUCUGCUGCAGCCUGUGGAGCGCAGGGCCUGACAUGCGCUGCUGUUGCUGUGGAUUCACAUGCAGAGCAUCCCUCUUUUGUGUCAUGGAAUUGUGUUGAAUCAGCAACCCAGUCACUUAUAACAAGUCAUUUUUGACUCUCCACUUUAUCAUUCUAGCCUUUUCUUUGUUUGGGAAAGUAAACACAUCCAGUGUCAUUGUAAAAUGGUUUACUUACAAUUUUUGUUAUGUCAUGAUUUUAUCUCAUGGAAUGAAAAAUUGGUGGGCAGCAUGAGAGAAAUGUUCUUGCCAUGUUGAUAGUGCAAUGACUAUUUGAAGAACUUGUCAUAAAAGAACUGGAAGUGGCACAGUAGCACAAUCCUUUGUGUGCUACUUUGAGUUAGGAGUAAGCAGGCAAGUUUUUCUGUUUUGAGUAGUGUUGCAAGUCUCUUGUGCAUUUGUGGAUUUGAUUCCAAAGGCACGCAUCUGUUUGCUGUGUAUACAAAGCAUAAUUUUUUUUUAUGCAUUUCAUCAUACUCACAGAAUGCGGUGAAAACACUCCAAAGACACAAUGUCUGUUAGGUUAAUAGACUGGAGUCAUCAGAAAGAUGUAUUCAGCAUGAACCAUAUCCUUAAGUUGUCAAAUUCAGGGCAGAACACCCCUAUGACAAAAAUAAUAUUAGAGGGUGGGCACUCAUGUAUGUAGUUUUUUACCAACCUGAAUUUGAGGCUUAUGAGUCCUCACUGCUUCAGUUGAAGAUCUUGAGCUCCAUCUGGACACUGUCUGAAUGAACCAGUUCCAACAGGGCCUGAACCCUCCUAGUGAAUUACAUCUGCUGGUGCCUUGCAAAGUAUCCAAGUAUGUACUGUAAUUAUAAAGAAAUGGUUACAGUUCCACAUUGCCAUCAGUCAGCGCAGACUUUUGCAUGGAAAUAUGUGAAAAGGAAUUUUAUCUUUUAGGAGUAAAAAAGGGAUUUCGAUAGCUGAGCAGUUCAUUAUGAACGUGUUUGUACAUUGAACUAUACCGGACACCCGCAAGUAAUUAAGUACUGUUUACUCUCCUUUUAACCCAGUUACCUUUCAUGCUUUGGAAUGAAACACUAAUUUUUGAAGUGGUCUGAAACUGACCUUGUGUACUGGAUAUGUGAGAUGUUUUAGGUUGUACAUUUGCAUGGAUAGGAGGAUUCUUUGUGUGUUUUGUGUAUUUGUGACAGCCCUGGUUUAGCAUGGAGAAGUAGAAUUGCGGGGCCCUUCACCAGGAACUCAAGGAUCUCUGCAGUGCAACAAUAUCUGAAUCCCUGCAGUUGCUAGUGCUUAAUUCAAAUUUAAAUAUGAAAAAUGGCAUCAUUUAAAAUUGAAUGAGGAAAAACUGGAUGACCAUAGCCUCAAUAUCUUUCCGAAUAUGUGAAUUGUGUAUUGCAAAAAUACACAAAUGGUAUGCAUUUCAGAAACUACCAGGAGGAAAGUUGUACUAGUUAAUUUAAAAUUUGACAUUCAUAUUGGGGAUUUUUAAAUCUGUGCUUUAGUAUGUUUGAGUGUCAGUGCAGUGUGUCAUGGUCGCAGCCAUGGCAGAGAAAUAAUUUUCAAGGUACAGACAACUGAAAUUUCUGGUGCCUUUUUUUUGCUCCCCUGCCAUUAGUCUCUAAGGGUCAAAUGUGUCCUUAAAAUACACAGAUAAUCAGAGGUUUGCCACUUCUAAUUGGCCUCAAAGACAUGUCAUAGGUAAACUACUGAUUUGCAAAUAUGCUCUUUCUAAUUUUAUUUUUUCUGUUAGACAUCACUGUCUGGAAUACAUUAUGCAUAUCUUAAAAUUGCUUUUUUCGGUAUUUUGUGAUGCAGUCCAGACCAGCAUCGGGUCUUGCAAUGACAAUCUUUCUAGUGUUGGCAUCUGGACUGUUUGUGUAUCUCACACACACAGGCAAGUGUUGGCAGAUUCACAUUAUAUGCACAGUGCACACAAGAAACCGGAGUAGGUGAUGUACACAGAGGUUGUGUAAAUGAAGAAACGGCUCAUAACAUGACUGAGAGCUGCUCACUUUCUUCACACCUCACAUAGUUAAACACAGCAGUCACACUUGCUGGUGAGCUAUCAUUUAAAGUAAUUUUAUUUUUGACUUUUUUUUUUUUUUAAAAUGACUUCAUGAUCAGUUGUAUGCUUUAAGAUAAAUGUCACCUCAAUGGAAAGUCACUUUAAAGUCAUGUAUGAGAUUCAGAUCUGUAUCACAGGAAUGGGGUUUGAUGCCAGACCUUCAGCCUGUAAAGUUUCCUUUCAAUGUGCAGUCUGGGGUGGAAGAAUACAAGAGAGGUUUCCAUAAUUUCAUUCUUCAUAUUUUUUUCAGUUACUUCCUUUGUAAGUACAGCUACAUUAGUCAUAAUCAGUCAGUGGUCAUUGGAUGUGAUGGGCAACACAAAUCACAAACAAUUAGUGAUUCAGUAGUGUAUGUCAUUAAAUGUUAAUACAUAGUUUAGUUUCAAGUGGUUAUGCAAUUCCUAGUCCACUGCAAUUACUGACACUGACUUGACGGAUAGAUAACUGUAUAUAUGAAAUCAGAAUCCUGGUUUUCUCAAUCACUUGGAAAUGGGUGACU